UUGCGGACCUAGGAGCCAGGCCGGCAGCAGCUCAGGACUGGAGUCGCGCUCCGAACGCACUGCCGUCAAAUCCUUGCCGCUGCCCCUGGCUGUCGCCUCCCAAGAAAAGUCGUGGGACCAUGUCGAAUAUGGAGAAACACCUAUUUAACUUGAAGUUUGCUGCAAAAGAGCUUAAUAGGAAUGCCAAGAAAUGUGAUAAAGAAGAAAAGGCUGAAAAGGCCAAGAUUAAAAAGGCCAUUCAGAAAGGCAAUACAGAAGUUGCAAGAAUACAUGCUGAAAAUGCAAUCCGCCAGAAGAACCAAACAAUUAAUUUCUUGAGAAUGAGUGCUAGGGUUGAUGCUGUGGCAGCCAGAGUUCAAACUGCAGUAACAAUGGGCAAGGUAACCAAGUCCAUGGCAGGUGUAGUUAAGUCUAUGGAUGCUACAUUGAGGAGUAUGAACCUUGAAAAGAUUUCUGCCCUGAUGGACAAAUUUGAACAGCAGUUUGAAACACUGGAUGUUCAAACGCAACAAAUGGAAGACACAAUGAGUAGUACUACAACCCUAACAACACCACAAAACCAGGUGGAUAUGCUGCUUCAAGAAAUGGCAGAUGAAGCUGGCCUUGAUCUCAGUAUGGAACUACCACAAGGUCAAACAGGUUCUUUUGGCACAAGUGUUACUUCCAUGGAACAGGAUGAACUAUCACAGAGACUUGCUCGUCUACGUGAUCAAGUAUAACUUAAAGAAUUGGCGCUUUUGUUUACUUCACUGGCUUCUGAAAUAUUUUGUGUGUAUGUAUAGAUAAGUUUCACUCCAAUUACACUAAG